AUGAUGUUAAAUAAAUGGAUGCAAAACUUGGACCCAAGCUCUCAAGAUUUGUACUUAUGUAAUUUCCGGGUGUCAGUUGAGGGCGAAUGGUUAUGUUUACGUGAAAUAACUGAUGAUCCAUUAUCUGAUAUUUUUACAUCACAAUGUCUUACAUCUCCAGACUUACCAUUCUUAUUGGAUCGUGACCCUGUGUUGAUCGAGAGACGUAACCUGGUAAACAUAUCCAAGCUGAUUGUUAAAGAACUAAUUGAAAAUUCACUGAAAAAUGGACGUAUGCUUGAUUCAGAUCAUGCACCUUUACAACACUUUUUUAUUGUCUUGGAACAUGUCCUAAGACAUGGGUUACGCCCUAAAAAAGGGCUUUUGGGUCCCAAAAAAGAAUUAUGGGAUAUAUUACAAACUGUUGAAAAGUUAACACCAGAUGCACAAGAAUUAACAAAUAGUAUUCGAGAUUUACCUACUGUCAAAACUCACAUGGGUAGAGCAAGAGCUUGGUUGAGAGUAGCCUUAAUGCAAAAAAAGUUGGCUGAUUAUUUAAAAAUUUUAGUGGACAAUCGUGAUGAAGAAUUAGUAGAUUAUUUUGAGCCGGAUGCUUUAAUGAUGAGUGACGAAGCUAUUAUUAUUGUUGGCCUUAUGGUCGGCCUUAAUGUUAUUGACUGCAAUUUAUGUAUUAAGGAAGAAGAUUUAGAUUCACAACAAGGUGUAAUUGAUUUCUCAUUGUAUCUGCGAUCAAGUCAUCAUCCUAAUCAUCAUAUACAAGGCACUGUCAGUUGUCCUGAUAGUCCUUUAGGUCUAGAGUCGGAAAAUAUGAAUGUAGUACUUGAUCAAAAAAAUUAUAUAGAGGAACUUAAUUGCCAUCUCAAGGCAACAGUUGCAAAUUUAGAGUCCAAAGUAGAAACGCUUACAACUUCAAAUACUUUAAUUAAAGAAGAACUUGAUAUGGCUAAUAACAGUUAUGCAAUGUUGAAAGAAGAAAACCAAUUAAUCAAAAAUCAGUUGAUCAAACAAAAUGAUUCUAAGAAUGCUGAACCUGUGACUAUUGAUGUUCCUACUGGAGACAUGGAUACACUUAAGCAAUUUGCAGAGAAUGAAAAAAAACUUAGAAUUGAAGCUGAAAAGGAACUUCAUUUACAAAUGAGCCUUAAAGCGGAAAUGGAGGUUGCGAUGAAACUUUUAGAAAAAGAAAGUCGAGAAAAACAAGAAAAUAUUGUUUCUUUACGAAAACAAUUAGAUGACAUCAAAAUGAUUAAUUUGGAAAUGUAUAAAAAAUUACAGGAAUGUGAAGAAGACUUGACCAAAAAAGCUGAAAUGGUGAGCCGGCUACAAAAAAAAACUGAACAGAUUGGUUGUUUGCUGAGCAAUUUACAGUUCCACGACGCACAACAAUUAAGAUUGAGAAACAAUGCUGGCAUGAGGAAUUCAAAUUCAGACACUAGGUUGGCUUCUCGACCAGACAGAUCACUUCACCGACAGUCAUAUACUCCAGUUUUGAAAGAGAAUGCACCAAGUCCUGAACCAUUAACUGAUCCCGAACAAUCUAAUAAUGAGAGUGAGAGUUCGCUUAAGCACAAGUCAGAGUUUGUUUCUAAACUGGAAUCAAAAAAUGUAACAUUGACCGAGGCUUUGAAAAAAACUGAAGAGGUAUCGAAAAAAAAUGAAGAGGAGAAGAAAAAAAUAUCUGAUUCGGUACUUAGAUACCACGAUCAAAUUGCUGGACAAACAACAACUAUCGUGAAAUUAAAAGAGGAUUUGGUUAAAGAACAACAAUCUAAGUCUGUCCUCGAGGAACAAUUAUCCAAGGCAGGAAAUCAAACAACUCGUCUUGACGAAGAAAUUGUUCAACUUAAAGCAAUGUCAAAUGAGUAUGUUCACUUACAAGAGGAACAUCACAGAUUGAAAGAGAAGUAUCAAGGCCAAGAACGAGCGCUUGAAGAGUUAGCUGAUCAGUUGAAAAAAGAGAUAUUAAAAUCCAAUGAACUGGAAGAAGCCGCUAACAGUACAUUGGCGCAAGCACACUGGGAACGCGACAAUGAGGUGGCCAAUUGCAAAAAAUGUGAAAAAGAAUUUAGCCUAACGAGAAGAAAACAUCACUGUAGAAACUGCGGUGGAAUAUUUUGCGCACUUUGUUCAGACAACACAAUGAUGUUGCCUUCGUCUGCUAAACCUGUUCGUGUUUGUGAUGACUGCAACUUACUGCUUGUUGAAAGAUACUCAGUCGUACCGAACAAUUAA